AUGGAAGAAAUAAUCAUCCACAUGAUUGUUAUUGCUCCUUUGACGAAAUGGAUAAUAGGACCUAAUAGAUAUUGGAAUAAGGGAAAACGAGAAUACGGAGUUUAUAUUGCACUAUUUUUACUAUUCUGUGUAGGAAUAUACGAGUUAAGAAAACCAAACCAGAAUUUAUAUGAAAUACUGGAAUUAAACUCAUAUGCAAAUAAGACAAAUAUACAACAAGCUUUUAGGAGAUUAUCUCGAAUUUAUCAUCCAGAUAAAUGUAAAGAAGCAAAUGCAUUUGAAAGAUUUAAUAAAAUAAGAGAAGCUUAUGAAAUAUUAUCAAAUGAAAAGAAAAAAUAUAUAUAUGACAGAUUUGGAGAUUUUGCUGGAAAUGAAAUUACCAAUUUUUUUUAUGUAGAAAUUAUUAUUAUAGCAAUAUUUCAGUUUGCUAUUUCGUUUAUAUUUGGAUUCUUAUAUACAUAUGGAAAAGAUAAUGAAAAAUAUCGAAUUUUAAUUUGUUUAUAUAUUGCUCUAAAUUUCUGCAUUGAAUUAAUAUUCAGAUUUAGCCCUGAGAGUACACACUUCCUUUCUUUUCUUCCUAUCUUCUGUCAUUACACGCCAUUUGAAAGAAUAAAUUCAUUGAGAGUUCUUGUUCCUCUAGUCAUGAAUGGUAUUCUUCUUGUGGAUGUUUAUUUUAUUGAUGAAGACACGGAUCUUUAUGUAUCUACCUUUUUUGAAUAUGUCUUUGAGAAUAGUGAAAAAACAAUAAAAAAUAUGGAUGAUGCUGUUAUUUUUUGCGCCCGUUUGGUAGAUGGUAAAGUAAACAAAGGAAGCAAUUUCUCAUGGAGAGAAAAAGACGCAUAUAGUCAUAUGACCAGUAUUGAUGAAUUGGGUGAUAAUGAAACAUAUGAUGAGAAAUGUGACAAAAAUGAUUUUUUUUAUAGAUUGUUAUAUAAUGUGGUAGAAAUGAGUACAGAGAAUGUUGAAUUGAAAGUUCCAAAAAAAGAAUUAUGUCGUCGUUUCGAUUGGUCUAGGAUGUACACUGCUAGUGUUAUGGAAAAAAGUUCCGUAGACAAAGACUUUGAGGAAAGCAACGCGUCCACGGGUAUCUUAUUCUCAUCCUUGCUCUAUUUUGUUGGUUUAAUAUCCCAUCUGAUGUCCAAAUGA